UUUCUUUCUGUUUCAGUAAAUAGAUUUAAUAGCUGAUUUCCUGCACGCGUUCCCUCUUUUGGAGUUGUGUUCAUGUGUAUUUGUGCAAACGUCCCGCCUUGCUUUGACUGUGAUCACUGUACUGAAUGACAUUGCUUACAUUUAACAUCAUACUUAUUCCCCAAACACCACAUAUUGUUCAACUUCACGUAAAAAAAUGUCUCAUCCAGCCGAUCUUAUAGUCCGCCAAUCAAACUCUCCGGUGUGUUUAUCGGCAUUUAGCGCUAAUGUUCAAGCGUUGAGCUAAAAGCUACAGUUUCCCCUCAACUCCUGCCUCUCAAUUGGUGGAGAAUGGUCAGCUGACGUUGUCAUAUUGUCUCUCACGGAGCCAAGCCUCGGCUAUAACACUCGGGUUUGUGCGUCUUAACCGGAGAUUGGAAAUUAAUAAUAUUGAAUCCUCAAAGUAGCCCACGUCCAGUUAGAGGAGCAGAAAGUCGAGAGAAAAAAAGAAGACAUUGGAGAAAGGUGUGGUUGGUUGACACAGACGGGAAGGAGAUUUACUGAGAAGGAGAUUGAAGAGAGACCGAUAAAGAAGUGGGGAGAGUUGGAGAGAGGGUUACAGGCAAGGGCACAGUACGAAUAUGGAUCGAACGUGUUUCUUCAAGACAAGGACGUGCUGCCCAGUUGCAGACAAACAAACAUGGGACUCAGUACACAAAGCCACAUUGCUCAAGAGUACAGUUUGGAUCAAGGAAGAGCAGGAGCGCAGGAUCAGAAAACCAACAUCCCGAUCUACCCGUGGAUGCAGCGAAUGAACUCACACAGCGCAGGAGUGGGCUACGGGACAGACAGACGCAGAGGACGUCAAAUAUACUCUCGCUACCAAACACUUGAGCUGGAGAAGGAGUUUCAUUUUAACCGCUACCUGACCAGGCGCAGACGCAUCGAAAUCGCAAAUGCUCUUUGUUUAACGGAGCGGCAGAUCAAAAUCUGGUUUCAGAACCGACGAAUGAAAUGGAAGAAAGAAAGCAACCUGACCUCCACGGUGACUGGAAGUGAACAGACAGCAGCCUCUCCGGAGGAGGAACGUAAUGGCGCAAUUGAAGAACAGAAGGAUGAGGACAAGAAGAAAGAAUAGUACACAAAAAGAAGAAGGAGGAAACACCUGAUGACCAUUUAAACUCAACAUAACUACCUAAAAAAUAUAUAUGGACUUGAGAGCGACUUCCCUGCAUGAUGGCUACCGCAGCUCUCACACUUAUAUCCCAUGUUGACCACAGGACUGUUGAGCCUUAGAAAUCCAGAUUAUUUCAGCCACAGUUUGUCCCCCUGUGACACUUGGGGUGCUGAUUCUGUUUUAUUGCAAUGUCACACUUGUAUUGUGAAAAUAAAAAGAAGUAUUCAUUUCUACGUUAUUUCUCAUGUCAGUAAAAUCUGUGUAUUUAUCCUACCACACUCCAUCUAUCACUCUGAACUCUUUGAUCACCUCACGAAAUACAGUGUUGGUCCAACUUAACUCAAUGUUAUGCACAUUCCACGGAGAGAAAGGAGAGGACCGGGCUUCAUUUGAUCAGUAUUAUAGGCCUAUAUACUUCAAUCCGCCGAAAAGUGUCCUGCACAAACAUGCAACUUGCACGGCCAUGGCCCACAGUCCACAUACAAACAACUGAAAUGCCUGUAUAUAAUCCAAAUAACAAUAUACUAUGUAAAUCCUGAAAGGACUUAUGUGCAUUUAGCCGCUUUGAUAGACGCCGCAUAAUUGCGCUUAGCCCCCCCUUUUUUGUUUAUUGUUUGACACAAUAGGCUUUCAUUGUGAAACAAAUUUGUACACUAGUAAUUCUUCACUUCUAUUUUGGAGUUACGAAUUCAUGUUUUGUCAUAAUUGUGUAUCAUGGAAUAAAAUAUUUGCAAAAAUAU